AACAGCUUUUAUUAUAUCCCCUAAAUCUCCUCUUAUAUUAGAGACGUGUUUUACAGUAUUAUGGGAUGCUAAGUAUACGCCUUUAGGAAUCAAAAUGUCUCUGAAAAAAAAUCCUUAGCACUAGUCGGUUAGCACUAGCACACACUCAAUGCAGGUGUAAUUGACUUAUUUUCUAGGAAAGUAAUGUUCGCCAAGAAACUAGUUCUGGUCAAAGCGCAUGCGUUGCGUUGUGUUGUGUAGAUUCAGAGAGAGUGUAUGUCCGCUUCAGUUAACAGUCAAAUACGUUUGAGACUCUACCGGUCGCUACACACACAACCUAGGCAUUUGUUUUUCUGUUUUCUGAAUCCUGUUUUCUCUCUGCUUUUUGUGUUUUUUCUCUCUCCAUCUUUCCUGCGAUAUCCUCCCUCUCCCGUCUUCCCUGUUGUCAGUGUCAUGGUUCUCUCUGCAGCCAAUUGGCACCUCCUGAGCAGAUCGGCUGCCUGGGGACAGCUUCUCCUCAGGAAUGGUUCCGUAUACACCCCUGCCAGUGGUUUCCAGGAAGAGGAGAUCAGGGAGAAACUUCUGGCUUUCCCUGGGGGGUCUGUGGACCUGGUGAAACAGGAGUCAGGCAUUGCAGUACUUACGGUCAACCACCCUGCUCGCAUGAACGCUUUCUCGGGUUCUAUGAUGGUUGAGCUGGAGGAGAGGGUUUCUCAGCUGGAGGGCUGGAUGGAGGGGAAAGGCCUCAUCGUUCAAGGGGCUGCUGGGACAUUCUGCUCUGGGUCAGACCUCACCGCUGUCCGGGCUAUAUCCAACCCUCAGGAUGGGGUGAGGAUGUGCAUGUUCAUGCAGAAUGCCCUAACCCGGCUGUUACGGCUGCCUCUGUUCUCUGUAGCUCUGGUGGAGGGCAGGGCGCUGGGAGGAGGGGCGGAGCUCACCACUGCCUGUGACUUCAGGUUGAUGGCACCAGGUAGUGUGAUCCAAUUUGUCCACAAACAUAUGGGUCUAGUGCCUGGCUGGGGCGGAGCCACCAGGCUGGUUCGGAUUGUAGGCAGCCAGAAUGCCUUGAGAAUGCUGGGUGGUGCCUUGAAAGUGGACCCGGAAAUGGGUUUACGGAUUGGGCUGGCAGACGGUGUCCUGGAGGGCUCACAGGCUGGUGAAGAGUCUGGAGCCUGUGCCCUCCUCGAGGCGAAGCAGUGGCUGGGACGCUACACAGAGGGUCCAGCCCCGGUCAUCAGAGCCAUAAAGGCAGUGGUACAGUCUGGGAGGGAGCUCCCUCUGGAGGUGUCUCUGCGGGCGGAGAGGGACGUGUUCGGGUCUCUAUGGGGAGGACCGGUUAACUUGCAGGCCCUGGUCAGCAAAGCCAAGCACAAGUGAACUAGCUAGUCUUUUGCGGCCAAACCAGUUUUCACACAUGCUGUCGCCUUGCAGGCACUAACAGAGUGUAGUGUUUUAAUGUUCUGGGAAAUCUACAACAGCCAGACGUGGUUAUGAACCAACAGACAAGACUGCUCUGGUGCGAGUGUAAAUGGUCUGACCCAGACAUGACACUCUGGGUGUGUGAGAACCAGUAGCUGAUGGUGGAUAUAUGUUGCUGUGGAUGAAAUUGGGACUGUUGGCAAACAAUUAUGUGGGACAAUCUACAAGUAGUAACAUUCUUUUUGUCACUUAUAUAGAAAUGCAUGUAAAUGAGAUACAAGUUGUUAUGGUGACACUUGCAAUUCA